AUGCGGGCGAGUCACUCGUGUCUCUCCUCUAUUCUUGCCGCGUCGAUGUGCCUGCUGGCACGCGCUACACGCACGCCCUCCGCCACCCCUCGUUCCUGUAACUUGUCCAUAUUUCACCCGGCCAUUGCACGUACCUGGAUGACCGCGGCGGCGAACAAGUUGCUUCAGCCUCAACAUGUCCUUCCAACGAGCCGCAAGCUAGUCUGGUGGUGUUGCCCGCACUGCAGCCACGAAUAUCACAAACGGAUAGACCUUCACGUGGCGGCAGGCGGGGUGUGUCCAGAAUGUCACCGCGUGCCAACCCUGCCGCGCAAAGGCGACUCCGCAGCGGCGGCACUGAUACUGCCGCUCGUGAAGCACCGUUGCCGCCCCGACAACAGCCUCUCCGUGCUGGCGGCCGCUAAUGCCAACCGCGUGAAGAGCAGCAUUGCAGAUGACGGCUACCUGCGUGUGGUUGAGACGCGCAAUCUGCAGCCGAUGCUCGCGCGGAACUUUGAGAAGGAGAGCGACCGGAUACACGACGAUGAGGUUCUUUUUGCAUCCCCAAAGCUUGAUGGGGUGCGGUGUAUUGUCGCGUGGAAUGCGCGGGAACGGCGGCCGUGUUUUUUCAGUCGCUCCGGUACGCUCUUUGAGUGCUGCGAUCACCGCAUUGAGCCAGCACUACGCCCACUCUUCGAGAAGGACCCAAAUCUUGUGCUUGACGGAGAGCUGUACAAUCACACUGUGGACGACUUUGAGCAACUUAUCUCGGCCAUCCGCACAACGCGAGAUCGCUGCACGCCGGCCAUUGCAAGUCUGCAGGGAAAGCUGCAGUACCACACCUUUGACCUCAUGUACGCUAGUGCGCUGCCCGACAUGUCUGUUGUACCCUUUUCAGAGCGAUACGAACACCUCAGUAGCCUGAUUAGCAGCCUGGGCGCAGCAAAGGGACAGCGUCAGGAGGAAGCGGUGGUGUUGGUGCCUGCUAUUCAAAUCACAAAGCCCAAAAUAGCCCGUGUUCUCCGCUUGACCAUAGCCGACGGCUACGAGGGCAUCAUCGUCCGACGCGAUGGCGUUGUUGGUGUAAAUGAGAAAGACGGUUGUUGUGACUCUGGCGCGGCUGGAGGUUUGCGUAAAGCCACUAGCAGGAGGACGCUGGUCGGCUACGCCCAUGGCGUCCGCUCCCCGAAUCUGCUCAAGUACAAAAUCAUGCAAGACGCUGAAUACGUAAUCGUCUCUGGGGUGGAGGGGCGCGGCAAGUGGAAGGGCCGCCUCGGUGCCUUUGUUUGCAGUACGAAACGCGGCCACCACUUCACCGUCGCCCCCGCCACGACAGAGCAGACAAAGAAGGACAUGUGGCGUCGUCUCACACAGUACAGGGGGAAGAUGCUGACAGUGCAGUAUCAGGAACUCUCGUCGAAUGGGGUUCCACGCUUUCCUAUUGGCAAGUGUGUUCGAGGCUCUAAGGACGGGAAGGACUGGAUAUAA